AUGUUCAAACUUACCCUCCUCACGCUGCUCCUCACGAGCACUCUCUCUUUCACAUCCGCCACCUUCCCCUCCCACAAGAUCCGCGGCGUAAACCUUGGCUCUCUCUUCAUCGUCGAGCCAUGGAUGUCACGCCGUACGUGGAGAGACAUGGGUUGCGGAGACGCAGCAUCGGAGUGGGAUUGUGUUGUAGCCCUCGGUCAAGACAAGGCGAACACUGUCUUUCAAAAACACUGGGAUACGUUCAUUACGGCUGAUGACUUUGACAAGAUGAAGGAGUACGGGUUGAACACAGUGCGGAUUCCCGUAGGGCACUGGUUCGUGGAGGACACGAUUGCUCCUGGAGAGAGCUGGCCGAGGGAUGGGAUGAAGUACCUCGACAACGUUGUUGGAAUUGCUGCUUCGAAGAACAUCAGCGUGAUCCUGGAUCUUCACGGUGCACCAGGUGUACAAGUGCCCAACAGCGCAUUCACCGGCCACACUCUUCCUGGCGCAGGCUUCUACUCCCCCCCAAACUACGACCGCGCGCACACCUUCCUCCGCAACAUGACAGAGCGCGCCCACACGCACGCCUCGUACGCCUCAACCUUCAUGUUCCAAGUCCUCAACGAACCAGAGCACAACCACGACUCCCUAGUCACAGACUACUAUCCAAAAGCCUACCAGACGAUCCGCGACGCAGAGGCCGACCUCAAAACCCCCAGCCUCGACCGCCUGACCGUGCAAAUGAUGGACUCGUCCUGGGGCGCCGGCAACCCGCGUCGGAAUCUGCCAAAGGGCGCAACGGACCUCGCGUUCGACAUCCACCGCUAUCUGACAUACAGCUCUACGCCGGCCACGAAAGCUGACUACUUGAGAGCCUCGUGCACCGAUGCGUUCGAUUCAAGCGACAAUGACAAUGACAAUGACAAUGACAACGACAACAACGACAACGACAACGACAACGACAACGACAACGACAACGACAAGCCGCUUGUGAUCGGGGAGUGGAGUCUCGCCAUCAAGCAGGACUCCGAGUGGAGCAACGAGUUCUCGCCGACCAAGGAGGAGAAUCACGAUUGGUACAGGAAGUGGUGGGCGGCGCAGGUGCAGGCGUAUGAGAAGCACAAGGGCUGGGUGAUGUGGAGUUGGAAGACAGAGUUGGGUGGGGAUUGGCGAUGGAGUUAUAGCGGUGCUGUCGAGGCGGGAAUCAUUCCCAAAAACCAAUUCGGGAAAGUCAAAGCUAUGGCCAAGUGCUGA